UCGACGUGCAGUGAACCGUGCACCGGUUCGGAGAGCAACAAAAGCCCGCCGCUGAAAACGCUGUUUCCGCUGCUGCUGUUUCUGCUGCACGUGUAGAAGGAUAUUUAUGCCGUUGUGCUGUCUUCUAUCAUGGAUUGAUUUUGUGCUAAAUGAGCGGCUGGAUUAAGCGGCUACUUGAUGGUAAUUCACUUCCUAAUUGAGUGGUGCUUAUUUCGGCAUUGAUAGCGCGUUUUGUUAAUCACGCGUUGGUGUCUUUAUUGCGCCUGAGUCUGUGAUUAUAUUACAGCAAUCGAUACUGUCGAUAUCGACGAUUAAUCCAGACUUAAUUCCGUAUUGAUUACUUUACAACAAUUUGCACGCAUUGCUUCGCAAAUUAAUUUAUGGUUUUCUGCUUAAUUUUUUCCCUUGAACAGCGUUUUAGAAAUCUGCCGGUUUUGCCCAGCUAACGAGCAAAGCGAGCGGAGGAGGUUAUUUUUAUUUGGAUGCACGUUUUAUCGUAAAUUGCGAACGAGCCGACGUUUUUGAACCGCAGUUUUUUUACAAGCGGUCGCUCGAAUUGUGACAGACAUUUUACGGAAUCUGCAUCGCUGGUUGGCUGGCUAAUUAAUCCGGCAUCAUCAUGCCGUACCUGGUGAUCAGCUGUCAGUCACUGGCGGACUGGUCCAGCGCCCAGUACACCGUCGUCGGCAAUGCCAGCUCCAAUCGCGCGCUGAUGAUUUAUCUGGACGCCAGGAUAGAUUAUAAAACGGAGAAUUAUCAGCGCUAUGCUUUCUAUUUCGUUAAUAGUGGACCGCGCGAAGUCUUGGACAGGCUCGAGGUGAUCGGCUACCGGGUGGUGUGUAUGGCGUCCGCCUGCGUCAGUAUGCGGCACGACGCCAACAACGUUCUAGAGUACACCUGGACGCUGCACGGACCGCCCUUCGAUCCGGCCAGCGUCUACAAGAAGGAACCGCAGUCGGCGCCCCCGGCCCCCUCCAACGGAACCCCCGCCCCGCCCACCACAACGAAAAAGCAGUAA